AUCUAAACAAUUGGAGCAUGAAUAACACAUCCAGUUGUAUUCACUGAGGAGAAGUUUACUUUUCACACACAACUAAGGAAAGUGGCUAAAAGUGGGUGUGUAGAAACUCAGGACUUGCUUAUAAAGCAGCGCUGCUCUGUGCUUGGACUACUUAGUUCCUCCACAAAGGUCAAAGAGUCAACUGGAAACACGAUGCUGACUGUUAUCCAGCUGAUGCUUUUAGUUUUUCUGACAAACCCAAAUCAUGGUGAGAAACUUUUCCACAACCGGGAUCAUUCCGACAUGCAGAUUCCUAAAUCUCACCGAGCUCCUGUCAUAACAGAUGAAUAUGAAGCGGAGUUAUUUCUUUCUAGGUAUGGAUUUAUCAAACCACCCCAGCAGGAGGAGAUCCAGAUGAAACAAACUGACAUUUCCUUCAGUGAUGACUUCUUGGAUGACUUUCAAACUGCAAUCCAAGAGGGAACCUCAGUGCCUCUUUCAAGGGACAUACCUGAAACUAGUCAUGGCGAGGUCCACAAAAGUGAAUCUGAGAGUCAAGCAUUUGUUUCAGCCCUUACGGAGUUUCAAAUGGUGUCUGGACUGCCUGUUACAGGAGUGUUUGAUGAUGCCACCAAGGAUGCGAUGAACAAACCAAGGUGUGGGGUUCCUGACAAGGAGAUAGUCCCAAAUCCCCACGUUGUAACCGAGAGCAUCGGUGGCUUGGAGUUGGAAAACAGUUGGAAUGAAACUUUCAAUGAGAUUGACGGUAACAACACAGAAAACAGCAUAAUUGGCAACUCGUCAAACUCUUCUGAAGGUGACAUAUUAAAUUUUAACGAUACAGAAAGCCUCCUGACUAUUUCAAAUGAUACACACAAAAACAAUAGUUUGGGUAAUCCAACCGGAAACAGCAGCUGGACCUCAAGCCAGAGUCAACCUCUGCAGAACGGAAAGCGUCACCUUGCUGAUCUCAUGUCAAAAAAAAGGCAAAAACGGGAUUUGACAGAAUCUGGGUACAUGGCGUUUUCUAAGGAUGUUCUGAGGUGGCGGUUAAUUGGAGAAGGUUACAGCAGCCAGCUGACCAUUGAUGAGCAGAGAUACAUCUUCAGGUUGGCCUUCAGAAUGUGGAGUGAGGUGUCUCCACUGGAAUUUGUUGAAGAUACCUGGUCCCCAUUGGAGGAUGUUGAUAUCAAGCUGGGCUUUGGCACAGGAAGACAUCUGGGAUGUAAUCAAAAGUUUGAUGGCACUGGUCAGGAAUUUGCCCAUGCGUGGUUCCUGGGAGAUAUCCAUUUUGAUGAUGAUGAGCAUUUCACUGGUCCCAGUUCUCACACUGGUAUAAGCCUCCUUAAAGUAGCAGUUCAUGAGAUCGGCCAUGUUUUGGGGCUGCCUCAUAUCUACAGGCCUGGAUCCAUAAUGCAGCCCAGCUAUCUGCCUUAUGAAUCCAGCUUUGAGAUGGACUGGACGGACAGGAAAGCUAUUCAGCAUCUAUAUGGUGGCUGUAGAGGCCGGUUCAGCACUGUGUUUGACUGGAUCAGGAAAGAGAAGACUCCCUACGGGGACAUAAGGAUCCGCUUCAACACAUACUUCAUGAGAGAUGGCUGGUACUGGCUGUACGAGAACAGAAACAACAGGACACGAUACGGGGACCCAGUCGCACUGCAAAUUGGCUGGCAUGGGAUUCCCAGUGAUGGAGUAGAUGCAUACGUACACGUGUGGUCCACAAAAAGAGAGGCUGUUUAUUUCUUUAGAGGUCUGCAGUUCUGGAGAUACGAUAAUGAGAACGACCGGGUGUUUAGACACGACUCUGAGGGUCGCCAGUAUCCGAGGCUAAUUUCUGAGGGCUUCCCAGGGAUUCCCAGUCCUAUUGACUCAGCCUUUUAUGACAGGAGAGACUCCCACAUCUACUUCUUCAGAAGAACUCAAGUGUAUGCAUUCAGCGUGGAAACAAACAGCUUGGCGAGUGGCUUCCCCAAACACAUCCGAGAUGUUUUCCCUCCAGUGGAGAGCGGAGACCAUCCAGAUGGCAGCAUCGACGCUGCCUACUACUCCUACUCCCACAAUGCCCUCUUUCUACUCAAGGGUACGCGCUUCUGGCGAGUGGUGGGCAGCCUCGAACGCUGGCGCCGGCCCUUUCUGCCGCGAAAUGGCUUGAUGCCACACAAGGAGGUGGAUCAGCAGUGGUUCGACAUCUGCGACGUUCAUCCCACCUCGCUCAAAGUAAGCCGCUGAUUGGGGGGCUGCAGCAGAGAUAAAACACACCACUCAUGUUUACAGAUGUAUUCUGCUGCUCUACCUUCAGGGAUGUUGUUUUUCUGUGUGUGUGUGUGAUGUCGGCUGUGUAAUCUUUUCAAAAAGACAAAAACAACUCUGUUGGCAUGUUUUCACACAAGUGUGCUGAAAUGUAUAGAACAGCUGCUGUUAGCUUCUCUUUUAUCCAUUAGAGAUGCAGAUAGAUUUACAAAAGAUGCCAUUAGUUCAAAUGUCUAGAGUGUUGACCUGAAUAAAUGUGUAGCGUAUUUACUUAUUCUUUUGAGUUUUAUUUUAAGCGAUUUGAAGCAAAGCUGGUCAAAGUUGUUGCCUUCAAUAGUUAUGAGCCUUUUUCCAAAAGAAAUUAAAGAUCAAACUUUUUUUUUCAUUACAUAAGAAAAAUUUAUUUUUCAGUAGGAACACAGAAGACAUGAAGUAAACAUUUGGUUGUUAAUUAGUGAUUCCCCUUCAGCAAGUAAACAGCUUGGUAAUUAGUCCCAGUUUUUGUUUGGGGCUCAUUUUUUCUGCAAAGUCUUUUUAGUUUUUUAAUUUAUUUUAGUGACUGUGAGAAAUAUGAGAGGUUUGAAGGGACUUUAGAUGCCUUUUCUAUUGUAACUAUCAGGUUAGGUGAAGCUACAUUCAUGUUAAUACGCGACAUAAUCAGGAUGAAUCCUGUCUUUUCAGGCGGUGAGCUCUCUGUCAUGAACCUGGGGUGUUAGUAGUUUGAUUGUUUUGUUUCUUUAUAUCUGUUUAAGUCUUGCCUUAUUCUGUUCAAUCCCUUUUAUUUAUAGUUGUUCAAAAGGUCUUGGCAUACAAAUUCAUUCCUUUGUAUGUAGUUUAUUUUUGCUUUUUGUUCUUUGUGGAUUUGGAUUUUGUGUUCUUGGAUCAGUGUUGGCCUUCUGACUUGUUUCUUUGAGUCUUUGUUCAGCUCUAGUGUUAAUUGUUCUUCUUCCCUCAGUCUACAUGUUUGCCUUCUCUCCCAGCUGCACCCUGUUAGUAAUCACCCACCUGCCUCUUGUCAACAAUCACACUCCUCAGUAUUUAAGCUCCUGAAUGUUCAUUGUUUAUCACUGGAUCCUUCUGUCAUAUCUUGAUGUCCUUCUAGGUUCCUUGGAUCUGACUGUAAGUCUACAGAGUUGUUUAUCAUUAAAAGAAAUCUGUUUUUGCCAUUAUCAA